UCUAAAAGAAAGCAACUCAUCAGUCUGCUUAUGAUUCCUUUUCUAUGUUCUCUUAAGCCAAAGCUAAGGAACACCCAACCAACAGAGAAAUUAAUUAUGGGAAGAGGGAAGGUGGAGCUGAAGAGGAUCGAGAACAACAUAAACCGACAGGUGACAUUCACAAAAAGAAGAAAUGGGUUGCUAAAGAAGGCGUACGAGCUCUCAGUUCUAUGUGAUGCUGAGGUUGCUCUUGUCGUCUUCUCCACCCGCGGCAAGCUCUAUGAGUUCUGCAGCGGCUCUAGCAUGGAGAAGACACUUGAGAGGUAUCAAAGAUGCAGUUAUAGUGCAUUGGAAGCGAGUCAACCUGCUCAGGAUUCACAGAGCAGAUACCAAGAUUAUGUGAACCUAAAAGCAAAAGUAGAGGUCCUACAGCGCACGCAGAGAAAUUUUCUUGGGGAAGAUUUGGGUCAUUUAGGCACCAAGGAGCUCCAGCAGCUUGAGAAUCAACUCGACAUGUCCUUGAGGCAAAUCAGGUCAACAAAGACCCAAGUUAUGCAAGGUCAGAUAUCUGAUCUUCUGAGGAAGGAACAGAUGCUGCUGGAAGCAAACAAUGAACUGAGAAGGAAGCUGGAAGAAUGUAACGCAGCCAUUGAAAGAUAUUCAUGGACAACUAAGGAGCAAAAUCAAAAUGCUCAAUUUGAGGGAUUCCUUGACCAUUCACAAUGCAACAAUACAUUGCAGAUCGGCUACAAUCCUCCUGCAGUAACAGAUCAUCAUGAGCUACAAUCCUCAACGCAAAGUCAUAGUGGAUUAUUCGUCCCUGGGACGUGGAUGCUCUGAAUCUUGGAGCAAUGAAAAUAUUUGUUGGUCAUAUUGUUCGCUUAUAAUUUGUAGUUAAUUAUUAAUUAUUAUCUCACAUGCAGAGAAUAAGGGAACAUUAAUAAACUUUGUGUUAAAUAUAUGUAAUGUUAUAUGUAUCCUACAUUAGGAUUUGUGCUUCGUCCAAAAAAAAAUAAUA